AUGCUAAGCGGAAGAAGAUUCAUGAUAACCUCCGCUGGUAGAAUGGGUGUGGGGCCACAAAUAACCAAGCCUGGGGAUCUCCUUUGCGUCCUUCUCGGCAGCUAUGUUGCUUUUAUACUUCGCUCUUGUGGCGACAACUUCUAUAAGUUGAUUGGGGAUUGUGAUGUGCACGGAAUUAUGGAUGGCGAGAUCAUCGAGACAGAAAAAGAAGGACAAUACGUCUACCAAGACUUUUACUUGAUUUAG